CCCGGCACCGGUCAGACGCUGCAUCGCGCACCCGGAAACUGAGCAGUGCAACAAAAGCAGCGCUUUCUGCAGGCAACAAACACCCCCAGCAUAAUGUCGGAUAAAAGUGAGCUGAAAGCUGAGCUUGAGCGAAAGAAACAGCGUUUGGCUCAGAUAAGAGAGGAGAAGAAGAGAAAGGAGGAGGAACGCAAGAAAAAAGAGGCUGAGCUGAAGAAGGAGCCCGUCCCACUGCAGGAUGAUUCAGACCUGGAGAAAAAGCGCAGGGAGGCUGAUGCUCUGCUACAGAGUAUGGGCAUCACACCAAACGCACCUGUGGUUCCUACACACAUGUCUCCCACGGCCAAAUCUGCAGGCAGUCCAAGUGAAGCAGGGAGCCAAGACUCAGGAGAUGGUGCCACCGGGCCAAGACGUGGUCCUCUGAAGUUGGCCAUGGCAAAGGUGACCCACGUGGAUUUCCCUCCCAAAGAGGUGGUGUCCUACACCAAGGAGACACAGACGCCCACCAUGACAGAGCAGAAAGAGGAGGAAGCUGAGGAGGAAGAGACCGCACCCCCGCUGCCUGAGGUCGAGGCAGAGAAAGAGAAACCAGCAGAGAAACAAGAUGAGGAAGCGCCUCCUCAUGAGCUAACAGAGGAGGAGAAGCUGCAGCUUCUGCACUCGGAGGAGUUCAUGGAGUUCUUCGAUCACAGCACACGUAUCAUGGAGCGCGCUCUGUCCGAACACGUGGAUGUUUUCUUCGACUACAGCGGCCGUGACAUGGAGGAGAAAGAGGGUGAGAUGCAGGCUGGGGCCAAACUGUCUCUAAACAGGAAGUUUGUUGAUGAUCGCUGGUCCAAACAGCGAGUGGUGACCUGUCUGGAUUGGUCCCCACAGUAUCCAGAGUUGCUGGUGGCCUCUUACAACAACAACGAGGAAGCCCCGCAUGAGCCUGAUGGAGUGGCUUUGGUCUGGAACAUGAAAUACAAGAAGACCACACCGGAGUAUGUCUUCCACUGUCAGUCUGCUGUCAUGUCUGCAGCGUUUGCGAAGUUUCACCCAAACCUGGUUGUCGGUGGCACUUACUCGGGACAGAUCGUCCUGUGGGACAACAGAAGUAACAGACGCACUCCUGUCCAGAGGACGCCUCUCUCUGCUGCGGCGCACACGCACCCAGUGUACUGUGUUAAUGUGGUUGGCACACAAAACGCUCAUAACCUCAUCAGCAUCUCCACUGAUGGAAAGAUGUGCUCCUGGAGUCUGGACAUGCUGUCUCAGCCACAGGACAGUAUGGAGCUGGUGUUUAAGCAGUCUAAAUCAGUUGCGGUCACCUCCAUGUCCUUCCCUCUGGGUGACGUUAAUAACUUUGUGGUGGGAAGUGAGGAUGGAUCGGUCUACACAGCCUGUCGUCAUGGCAGUCGGGCAGGUAUCAGUGAGAUGUUUGAGGGGCAUCAUGGUCCAAUCACAGGCAUUCACUGUCACACAGCGGCAGGACCCGUAGAUUUCUCUCAUCUCUUCCUGACCGCCUCAUUUGAUUGGACUGUUAAACUCUGGAGCACCAAGAGUAACAAGCCGCUGUACUCGUUUGAGGACAACUCUGAUUAUGUUUAUGAUGUUAUGUGGUCUCCGGUUCAUCCCGCUCUCUUCGCCUGUGUGGACGGACUCGGACGCAUCGACCUGUGGAACCUCAACAAUGACACAGAGGUGCCCACUGCCAGUGUGUCUGUGGAUGGCAGUCCCGCUCUGAACAGGCUGCGCUGGUCUCAGUCGGGCAGAGAGAUCGCCGUGGGUGACUCAGAGGGACAGAUCUACAUAUACGACGUCGGCGAGCAAAUCUCAGUCCCGCGGAGCGACGAAUGGACCCGCUUCGUGCGGACGCUGGCGGAGAUCCACGAGAACCGCGACGAUGCCGAGGAACUGGCCGCUCAACGCCUCGCCGCUUGAUCGUCAUCAGACCAGCAGAUCUCAGAAAGCUGUUAUCACGUCUGUCUUUGGAAAUGAAAUGAUUUCUGUGUGCAAACCUUUGAUUCUGCCUUUUGUUUGGAGUAAAAAUACGAAACAUUGACCGUAGGUGCGAUUCAUAGUGCGAGGCCCAUGACCCAGAAGCCUUAA